AAAAAUUAAACAUUUAUUAAAAAAACUUUUUAAAUAAUGGAUAAUAAAAUGUUCAUAAAAUCAUUAAUAUCAUCAUCAACAUCAUCAUUUUUAAUAAUAUUGACCAUCAUAUUGUUAUUGAUGACCAAUGGUUAUAAUCAAUCGACAACAUUAACCCCACCCGACAAUAAUAAUUCAAUUCUUAAUGGACAAUCAACAACAACAACACCACCACCACCAACAACAACAACAACAACAAAAAAAACCACGAAAAAAUCUGGUAUUAAAUUAUUUAAUAUUAACAAAUGGAUUUAUGGACACUUGAAAAAUAAAAUUGAUAAAAUAUGGAAAAAACGUAAACAAAUUAUGAAGGAACAUUUAUCACAUAUAAAACAUUGUUAUAAUCCCCUUUAUGGUGGUAAUGAAUUAAAUCUAUUCAAAACGAAAAUCCAUAUUGUUGUGGAAAAAUUUUUUAAUGGUUCAAAAUUAUUUGAAAAUAUUCCGAAACCAAAAAUUGCUAAACGUAUUUUAUCAUUUGUUAAAAAUAUGGUCAAUUUAGUUCAUAUGAUUGAAAAUUGUGUCCAUGAAUUUAUCAAAAGUAAUAGUACAGAUGGAUUAACUGUUUUAGGUAUAACACCAUUAUCAGCAUAUACUGAAAAAGAAUUUGAAGAAUUAGGCAAUCCAUAUCUUGGUGAUAUUGAAGAAGAAUCUAAAAAUAUAAAAAAAAGACAAAUAUCAUAUAAUGAUAGACAAUCAUCAAAUGCUAAUAUAAAUUUUGGUCAAUGUGAUUUUCGAUUAGAAUCAACAUUACCGCAAAGAUUUGAUUGGCGUGAUAAAGGUAUUGUCACACGAGUAAAAAAUCAAGGAACAUGUGGUUCAUGUUAUGCAUUUGCAUCAACAGCAGUAAUUGAAAGUCAUGCACUUCGUAAUCGAAAAAAUAAUCCUAAUAAUAAGGCUGAAUCAUCAUCAAAUCGUCGUAAUAAUAAUCCUGAAAGACCACAUAAUGUAGUACCACCAUCAUCAAAUCAUCGUUAUAUCAAUCCUGAAAAACCACAUGUAAUGCCACCAUCAUCAAAUCGUCGUUAUAUCAAUCCUGAAAAACCACAUGUAAUGCCACCAUCAUCAAAUCAUCAUUCAGAUGUUGAGGAUAUAACAAAUAAUUUUUUGAAUGAUGUUGGAAAAGUAGUGAAAGAAGCCGUUAAUCCCGAAAAAUUUAGAAAACCCGAAAACCUUCCACCAGAUAAUUUUUACAAUAAUCAUGAAAACUUUCCACCAAAUGAUUUUUACAAUAAUCAUGAAAACUUUCCACCAGAUAAUUUUUACAAUAAUGCAAAUCAUCUUAAGAAAAAUACUGAUGAAUCCAAUUCAGAUGAUAUAAACAAUAAUCCUGAAGAACCACCAUCGAAUAAUUAUUACAAUAAUCCUGAAGAACCACCAUCGAAUAAUUAUUAUAAUAAUCCUGAAGAACCACCAUCGAAUAAUUAUUACAAUCCUCGAAAUCAACCAGCAAAUAAUUAUUAUAAUAAUCCUCGAAAUCAACCAGCAAAUAAUUAUUAUAAUUAUCCUCAAAAUCAACGAGCAAAUAAUUAUUAUAAUAAUAUUCCUCAAAUUCAACCAGAAACUUUUUAUAAUAGACCUUAUUUUGAUUAUUAUCCUAGUUAUCGAAGUGGUUAUUAUCCUCGUUAUCGAAGUGGUUAUUAUUCUCGUUAUCGAAGUAGUUAUCGUGAUCAUCAUCGAAUCGCAGGUUAUCAUGGAAUAAAUAAUAAUAAUGAUAUCAAUUUAAGUGAACAACAUCUUGUUAAUUGUGUUGGAAAAUGUAAAGGUGCUAAUGUAGCCAAAAUAUUUAAUUUUAUUCGUACUCAAGGUAUUACUUAUGAAGAUUUGGAACCAUAUGUGCUACGGGAACAUUUUUGUAAACAAUCUUAUCCAAAACGCGUUCGUAUACAAGAUUUUUGUUUCGAUUAUCAACGUGUUCAUUCGAAUGAAGAAAUAAUGUCAGCUAUACUACGUUAUGGUCCAAUUUUUGGUGGUGCUGCAUUUAAUCGAAAAUUUCAAUUUUUACGUGGUCCUUAUCAUGGCGCAUGUAAACAAUCAAGAAAAGAUUUACAUCAUUCAAUUGUUAUUGUUGGUUGGACGGAAAAAAAUUGGAUUAUUAAAAAUAGUUGGGGAACUGAUUGGGGUGUCGAUGGUUAUCUUUAUCUAUCGAAAAAUAAAGAAAAUAAUUGUGGUAUUGGUUGGAUUGUAGCUGCACCGAUUGGUGUUCCUGAACAAUAACAAAAACAAAAA